GGGGACGGAAAGCGUGGGCUUCCGGCGCCUUGGAAAGUGGUUCGGGGUGGAUGUUGCUGAGUCGUGGGACUGCGCGGUGAUUUAUGCAAGACAGAUCAAAGAAGACAGGAAAAUUUAGGAAGAGGUUUCUGGGACCGUAGAGUUGCCACUUCUACCUGUCGGUUGAUUUCAGAAUCACUCGCUCCUCAGCCACCGCAAGGAGACAUGCCGAAAUCCCAGAAGAGGCUGACUGGGGCUGCUGGGUCAGACAAGAAGGGGCCAUCAGGAAAACGUACCAAAACUGGGAACCCAGAUGGGGCAUCAGCUAAAAUGGAGAACUCUAGCCCUCAGAAGACUUCAGCCUCUAAGAAUUGUGGAAAGAAUUCAAGCAGCCACUGGCUGAUGAAGUCAGAGCCAGAGAGCCGACUAGAGAAAGGUGUAGAUGUGAAGUUUGGCAUUGAGGAUCUCAAAGCACAGCCCAAUCAGACAACAUGCUGGGAUGGUGUUCGAAACUACCAGGCCCGGAACUUCCUUAGAGCCAUGAAGCUGGAAGAAGAGGCCUUCUUCUACCACAGCAACUGCAAAGACCCAGGCAUUGCGGGGCUUAUGAAGAUUGUGAAGGAAGCCUACCCGGACCACACGCAGUUUGAGAAAAACAGUCCCCAUUAUGACCCAUCCAGCAAAAAGGACAACCCCAAAUGGUCUAUGGUGGAUGUACAGUUUGUUCGAAUGAUGAAGCGUUUCAUUCCCCUGGCUGAGCUCAAAACCCACCACCAAGCUCACAAGGCCACUGGCGGCCCCUUAAAAGACAUGGCUCUCUUCACUCGCCAGAGACUCUCAGUUCAGCCGUUGACCCAAGAAGAGUUUGAUUUUAUUUUGAGCCUGGAAGAAAAGGAACCAAGUUAACCGGGAUACUACUGGUGAAUAGGCAAGACACAUCUUCAAAGAAGUCAAACUGAUACGGCAAAAGAAGAUGCAAGGAGCUUUGGUUAUGUUUACUUGGGGUUGUGUAUAUAGGUGGCUUUUGUGUACUUUUUUCAAUAAAACAAUAUCCACGCUGGAAAA